GCAGGUUGGAUCUCCCACGCGACGGGGCCUCAACUCCAGCGGCGUUGCAGCCUGUUGGGCGAGAGAGGAUCAUUUGCCACGGCCAUUGGAGGGUCUCGGGGCGCUGUUACGUUGAGCUGCUUUUCUUUUGGAGUUCCAGACAGCCACGUCUGUUGCCCGCGUUCCAAUGGCUCUGGCGUCAUCACCCCUGAAAGUCUGCGUCGUGGGCUCAGGAAACUGUUCCAGACAAGCUUGGCUCCAAAAAUGAGGAUGCAGUUUACAGAAAAGAACCACAACAGUCUUGUGAUGCAGGCCUUCAACAAGCAGAGAAAGAACCGGGAGUUUUGUGAUGUGGCCCUCAGCGUGGACCAGAAAAUCUUCUAUGCCCACCUCAAUGUCUUAGCAGCCAUGUCCUCCCAUAUUAGGACUCUCAUAUCCAGCAACGACAUGAAAGCGGACGAUGAACUCUUUAUUAGCAUUGAUGCCAAGUUCCUGAGCUCAGCCUUGGUGGAGGAAUUGCUUGACUACUUCUAUACUGGGAAGAUUGUGAUCUCUGAGAAGAACGUGGAGGAGCUGCUGAAGGGAGCCAAAUAUUUCAGUUCCCAGACUUUAACAAGCCACUGCUCUGACUUCCUCCUUAGGUCCCUGAAGAAGAACAACUGUCUCUACUACAUGCUCCUGGCCACCAGUUAUGAUAUGAAAGACGUGGGGAAGGCUGCCUAUGACGGAAUACGAGACAACUUCAAUUACUGGGCCGGCCCUGGCAUAACAGACUUUGUGCAUUGCCCUUAUCACAUCUUCAGCAGGCUCCUUAAAGAUGAGAAUCUUCACGUGCAAAAUGAGGACCAGACCCUUUCGGCUCUCCUCCAGUGGGUGAAAUAUAAAAAGUCUGAAAGGGAGAAGUUUUUUAAAAAGUAUUUCACCUACCUGCAUUUGUCUGCUGUCUCCACCAAGAUGCUGUUAGCUGCUUGCCGUGAAGUGUUACUCUAUUCAGACCACACUGGCCCCCUAUCUUCCAUACAGAGUACUUUGAGUGCUCGUCAACAGGGAAGUCCUCAAAGCCUGAUGCUUUACCAAAGGAAAGGGGCAUUAAUGGACGCUGUGGUGGUUUUAGGAGGACAAAAAGAGCAGGGUAAGUUCAACAGCGGAGUUUUUGCGUAUAUCAUUGGAGAGAACAUCUGGCUAAAGCUCACAGAGAUGCCAUACAAAGCAGCCGCUCUCAGUGCAACAUCAUUAGGGAAGUACAUUUAUGUUUCUGGAGGAACAACAGAGCAGAUCUCUGGCUUGAAGACAGCCUGGAAGUAUGAUAUGGAUACUAACUCUUGGAUCAAACUGCCAGAUCUGCCGAUAGGUUUGGUCUUCCACACCAUGGUGACUUGUGGGGGGGCAGUGUACUCCGUAGGAGGAAGCACCGCCCCAAGAAAGUACAUUUCAAGUAUCUACAAGUACGAUGAAGGGAAAGAGAAGUGGAUCCUUGCUGGGAAAAUGAGCAUUCCUAUGGAUGCAACUGCGUUAAUCACCAAGGGAGACAAGGCUAUUUACAUUGUGACAGGGAGAUGCCUGGUGAAUGGGCACUUCUCCCGAGUAGGUGUGCUGGAUUGCUUUGACACUCAAACCAGGAAUGUGGUGCAGUACCUCACAUUCCCCAUCCAGUUCAAUCAUAAGCCGUUGCUGUCCUUUCCAGAGGAGCACGUCUUGAGGAUACAGAGCCACAAAGAGAGUUUGGAAAUCAAUUUGCAGAACAUCAAAAUGAACAAAUCCACAAACCUUACGCCUCUCUUGCCGAAUAACUACGGCUUGGAUCUUUCACAUGCGGUGUGCUCUCUUGGGGAUAACAAAGUGUUUGUGUGUGGUGGCCUGAUUUGUCCGGGCGACAAACGCCCUGAGGAAUAUUCUAUCAACCGGCAAGCAUAUAUGUUAGAUCAAAAUGUGGGGGAAUGGAGGAUAUUGGCUCAGCCUCCAGAAGCUCUGGAUUGCCCUGCUUGUUGCACAGCUAAGUUGCCAUGCAAGAUUCUCCAAAAAACUGUAGUCAAUUAA